UAGCUGUUGCUAAUUGGUGAUGCCUGCCGUCCUUGACGGUAAAACAAGACUUCUACGCUACCCUGCCUUACUGUCACAAUGUUUUCUUGAAUCUUCAGUUUAUGCAAAAUGUGUAAUGUCUCUAGAAGAUGUUAAGCAUAAUUCUUGUGAAAAAGAAUUUCAAAUUUUGAAACGCUGUGUUCAAAACCGUGCACGUGAAACCGGUAUACGACUUUGAUUUCCGUUGCUGUUUAAAAUGUCGGGAAGCGAGAAAUCAAAAGCCAACUUGACUUCCCAUGUUAGUUUGUUCCCAGCACCACCCUGGCAACUGAUCAAUAAACUCUUCAGUACCGAUACCCCUCCACGCCCUCCUACUCCUCCCGGUUCAACUGCCUACAGAAUGUUCGGAAACUUUUAUAAUUCUGAAGAUGCCAUCCUCCGAUCCCUAGAGUCACAAGGUGUUCGUCGAGUUUAUCCACAGACAUAUAAUCGUAAACGAGAAUUAAGGAAAAUUAAUUUUUCAAUACUGGCUAACUAUUUGGAUUUGUUGGAUAUUAUCACUCGUGAUCCUAGCUCAUGUAAACGAACAGAAAAACUUGAUCAUUUAGCUAUUCUAUUCAUUAAUAUGCAUCAUCUUGUUAAUGAGUAUCGACAACAUCAAGCCAGAGAUUUACUUCGAGAAAUUCUUAAAUAUCAGGUUAACAUAGGAGCAGAAACCGUCGAAAAGGCUGAGCAGUAUUUAACACGAGCAGAUGAACAACUCAGGACAGCAGCUAAUGAUCUUAUUAUCCCGGGUACACUAGUUCCAACUUCCAGUAGUUUUAAUAUCAUGGAUAAUUUACGAAGUGGGUUGAAUGAUUUAGGCCCCGAGUUAGCCCCCUUACUACAAACUGUACUUGAUGAAACACUAAUAUCUAAUCCUGUUGGUCGGUGUUUGCAACCUAAGCAAGGACCUAUAUCCCUUCCAAAUCAACCAUUGGAAUCCUGUUCUAUGAAUAUAAACAAUGCCGAUGAUUAUCGGUCACCUGAUCACAUUGAUAUGGCUCUUUGGGAUUUUCUGUUUGAAACUAAAAAUGAUUCUGAAAUGGAUAUUAACUAGUGUGUAUACUUAUUAUGAUGUAUCCUCAGAAUCACUCUAUACAUAAAUUCUUUUAGUAUUUAUUGGCAAUUUGACUUUCAUUUAGUAAAUAUUAUGUAUUUCAAUUAGUCACUGUUUUUUUAUAUAAACUUCUUUGUUUUUCGUU